UUUUCAUUCAUGUUAAUGAAGUAAAUGGUAAUACCACUAAUAUUUAUGCAGACAUUUGCUAUCAGAGACCUGGAUGAACAAAGAGAGCAAAUUGAUGGAAUUUGUGUUCUCUUUGUCUCUGUGGGAGUUAUGAGUUUCUUCUCACAGUUCCUGCAAGGGUUUGCCUUUGCUAAGUCUGGUGAGCUACUGACUCGGAGGCUAAGGAAGAUUGCUUUCCAGGCAAUGCUCAGACAGGAAAUCGGAUGGUUUGAUGAUCCUAACAACAGCCCAGGAGCUCUUACCACUAGACUGGCUACUGAUGCAUCCAUGGUGCAAGGGGCUACUGGCUCUCAGAUCGGCAUGAUUGUGAACUCUCUGACAAACAUUGGAGCCUCUUUAAUCAUUGCAUACUACUUUAGCUGGAAGCUAAGUUUGGUAGUGACAUGCUUCCUCCCUCUUAUUGGCCUCUCUGGAGUCAUCCAAGUUAAAAUGCUGACUGGCUUCGCUAAUGAGGACAAGAAAGCAAUGGACGUGGCAGGACAGGUGUCCAGUGAAGCUAUGGCCAACAUCAGGACAGUUGCAGGCCUAUCUAAAGAGAAACAGUUUGUGGCUUUGUAUGAGCAGCAGCUGGAUGCACCCUACAAAGCAGCCAAGAAGAAGGCUAACAUCUAUGCCAUCUGCUUUGCUUUUGCCCAAUGUGUUAUCUUCAUGGCAUAUGCAGCCUCAUUUAGAUAUGGUGGCUAUUUGGUUAAUUUUGAAGGCCUGCACUAUGUGGUUGUUUUCAGAGUAAUCACUGCCCUUAUAACCAGUGGCACAGCUCUUGGAAGAGCUUCAUCUUUCACGCCAGACUAUGCCAAAGCCAAAAUUGCUGCUGCCCAGUUCUUCAAAUUACUUGACAGAGUCCCUAAAAUCAGCAGUAGUCAGGAGGGAAGAAGAUGGGUAAGAAAUUAAGAGAUGCUAUAUAUUUCUAUAUAGAUACAGUAUAUCUUCUUUAUAUACUUUGUGUGUUUCUAGGUUAAUAACAAAUUGAGAAUUUUUUUUCAA